AUGUCUGGAACUUCGAAUAACGCCGAUCCGCUGCCAAAAGUGGUUGUCUCGGAGGUUGUUGAUGAGAAAAGAAAGAAGAGUGUGGGAAAGGAAAUGAAGGAAAUCGCAAAAUCGUUGGUAAAGAAUGAGAAGGGUAUCACUGUUUUGAUGAGCUAUCGCAAGAAAAUCUAUUCGGAAGAACGAAAGGAGGAUGAACUUUUCGAAUACUUCUCAACUACUAUCUCCGAAAGCUUGGGAAAAUUCUUUUCCGUCGUCAAGAAAGACGUCAACGAGGCCAUUAGAACUAUCCGGUCCGCGAGUGAACGUAUUGAGAGACUUCUCAAAAUGCUUGGGAACAUCCCUCAAAAUGCUUCGGAAAAAAUGGAAAUGUUCAAGAACGUUGCCGACGAAAUGAAAGUUCCUGCCCAGUUGUUGGAAAAAGAAACGGAAAAGGCUGAGUAA